AUGAAUUCUGCCUGUAUUUUCAAGGGCCUGGGUUUCAGCCCCCCUGCGCACUCCCGUAACGACUGGAUCGGCCCCCCCGACAAGCACUCCAACCUGCGGCCCGUCAUCUUCUACGUGCCCCCGGAGGAGUCGCCCCUGGAGCGGCGGCUGAGGGAGGCACGGCAGGAGGCCCAGGCCUGCGACCAGCGCUUCUGGGCACGGCACAACCGUGCCUUCCGCCAGGAAAAAGAAGAAUUUAUUUAUUCAAGACUGAAAGCGAAGGGUCUGGAAAUGAGAGAUGAAACAGGUCAAAAAGCAACACUGAAUGCAGAAGAAAUGGCUGACUUUUACAAGGACUUUCUAAGUAAAAAUUUUAGAAAGCAUAUGCAGUAUAACAGAGAUUGGUAUAAACGUAACUUUACUAUCACAUUCCUCAUGGGACAAGUAGCACUGGUGAGAGCUCUGAGGUGGCUUCGUUGGAAAAAGAAAAAUGUUGGAAAUUAGUGAUCACAGCUCCAUGAAGAAUGCAACACUAGCUAGGCCUGCUAUAAACUUGUGAUGUUCAGAAUCUGAAUGACUAAUGUAAUAAUUGCUUGAAUCUGUUCGUUAAACUAUGUAAAUAAAAGUUGCCAUUGAUCUUAAUU